GAUCAUCAGACUCUGGAUCAUCAGGUUCAGGAUCAGGAUCUAACGGAUCGGGGCAAGGAAGUAGCUCUGGCAAUGGAGGCUCUAACGGCAACGAUGACGAUGAAACUGGAAGCGGCGGCGUGCAAGGCAACGGAUCUGGAUCGCAAGAUGAUGACGGCGAAGGUGAUGCCGACGGUGAUUCAUCUGGAAACGGCGCAUCUUCAGGUUCAGGCAGUGCAAGUACCAAUGGCAAAGGUAGCCAACCAGGAGCCAAUUCGGACGGUAGCUCUGACAGUGGCGACUCAAGCGGCUCGAAAGGCGGCAAUGGAGGUACACUGGGUGGAGGCGAUCGCCCGGGGGAUGAAGAUCAGUCAAGUCGCAAGUCAUCAGGUCGCAAGUCAAGCACUUCAAAACGUUCAACCUCGACUAAAUCGCCAGUCGUGGUGACGAAACCCACAACAUACACUACCACCUCCGGCAGCAAAGUCAUCAAAAUCACUUCCAAUGUCGUUAAGACCCUCAGCGAUAGCAAGUCAUCUACCCGAAAAUCUACAACCACCAAACGAACUACCAGUCUCAAGGGCAAUCUAGAGGGCAUGGGAAGUCGUAGUGCUGUGGGUGGUACAAGCUUCACAAGGCCUUCCAACAGUCGGUCUGCAAGCUCUAAACAGGCCUCCACCACCAACGGCAACGGGGACGCAGGUCAAGAUCCUGCCGACUCUACAGUUUUGGCAAAUACUUCACCAGAGGCGUCUCCAGGCCCAAGCACUAAGAGUACAAAGACUUCAUCGUCCAAGUCAACUUUUUCUGGUUCGAUAGACACGGCUGUUCGACCUGGUGGUAGUGGUAUAAGUACAACAAGUCGCAAAUCGACCGCGAGUUCCUCUCAGACCACAGAAGAUUCGAGUAAAACUUCAUCUAAUGUCAAUGGAGGCUCAGACAAGGCCGAUACUUCUACAUCAAAGACCAGAUCCUCCACAUCCACCGUUGGAAGCAAAUCAACUUCGUCAUCCACAAAAUCUGGCCGGGGAUCGAGCGGCUCAGUCGUUGCUUCAUCGCGAGCAUCAAGUUCUACAUCUUCAACUGCGUCUCUCAAGGGCAAUCCGGAAGACCUUGGGACCAGAACUGACGAUACCGAGGAAAGCACAACUCAACGCAACACACGAAGUAGCUCAGUCACUACAUCUUUAACAUCCCGCUCUUCUACCACAAAGUCUAGCGGUACGACGUCGCCAAAUGUGAACACCAGACCUGGCGGAGAAACAGCCGGCCAAGGAUCGUCCACCUCCUCGAGGCCUUCUUCUUCUCAGACAACAACGAAGACUUCCACUACUACAUCGAAGGAGGUAAUCAAUAUUGACACAUUGAUUGGUUCGCAAAGUGUGGCAGAGUCUGAUCGUGUACCACAAGGUGAUGAAGAGACAUCCACAGCUCGCAGGACAACAAUCUCCUCAACUAGUAGCUCACGAGAUGAAGAACAAGAGCCAGCGACUUCGACUGGGGAGUCAAGCCCUGAUAGUGAUACUACUUCACUAUCUGAUGAAUCGACUGCUACGGCUCGUGAUGGAGAAGGAGACGCUGACUCUUCUUCCACGAAGUCAGGUCUCACAGGAGAGCCUGCGGGAGGUCCAGGAAGAACAACUCUUGUCGACGACGAGGAUCCUGAGCCUUCAACCGUUGUUUCUAAUGGUGCGCCAAUCGUUGCUGAACCGUCCAGCUCUGCUACAUCCGACGAUACAGACAGCGAGGAAUCUUCCAGUGUCUCAGGUGAUGUGCCUUCUGAGACUGGUGAAGAUGACGAUGCGGAAACCAGUGCCACUGAUACAGCUACAGCUCAAGACCCUGAUGCGGAAGAAACUGGCUCUGAGACACUGUCAGGCGGUGCUCAGGAGACUGAAGAGCCCGGUUCAGACGAUGAGGGCACGAGUUUGAUCACUCCUCAAAUGCCAGUUCCCACUAGCCCAUUACCUAGUACUGUCUCCGAAGAUCGAUCUCUUUCGGACGAUGAGGAUCCUGAUGCUGAGACCGGGGACAUUAUCACUGAUAACCCUACUGGCAGCGCAACGUCUGAUCCCGAUGCUUCGAAUAGUGCUUCGAAUGGCGAAGCAUCAGAGACAGGUGACGAUGAUGCGGAAGAAACAAGCGCCACAGAGGCAAAUGGGUCUGCAGUAACCAGUGCUACUGAUGGCGCUGGCGACGGUGACGGCGAUGUGGUAACUACUACCGAUGCUGAUGAUGCAGGCGAGCCUGCGGAAACUAGUGAUACCGAUGGAGACGGGGAUGGAGACUCGGCAACUGUUACUGUUACUGCUACUGCUACGGAUGACUCUGAAUCCAACACUGAAGAUGGCAACCAGGCCACCACUGAUGUGUCCGCAGGAAUACCCGCAGACACUAUCACAGAAGAUGGCACCCAAACCACCGAAGAACCCGAUGGAGACUUGUCAACAGUUACUUUCUUCCGAGCAGGUCGAGGACAAUUCCGAACAACAGUAUACAUCCCACCUCAGGAGACUGGCGAUCCUUGGACCGCAAUCAUCGAGACUCCAGUCUCUGAGACCCAAUCUGAGGGAGCAACCGCUCACGGGGAUGAUGAUACCCUUACUACUGCCCCUGCUAUUACCGGAACAGCCAACAUCACUCUCUUCAGAGGUGGUAGUAUCAGGAGGACGUUUUACAUGUCCCCCAGCGCUUCUGACCAACCUGGUACUGUUAUCAUAGAGACACCGACAGGCCCAAUUCCAUCCGCUACUGCAUUUACCACAAUCUUUAGUCCUGGAACUGGAUCAGCUACAGUCACUAUCUACUACCCACCCGAUGAUCCUGAUGAGCCGGGUACAUUUGUAAUCGAGACUCCUGUGCCUGAUACAGACGCUACUGGUAGUACAGACACCAGAUCUGGCACCACUAUCUUUACACAGGGUACUGGAACCGUUGCAACAACCAUCUACCUCCCACCUGAUGUCUCGGGAGAUCCUGGUACAUUUAUUGUUGAGAAUCCUGCCUCGGAGACUGAUGAUGAAUCGUCUUCAGACGACGUCAACGAGGGCACGGACUCUGAUGCAACAAUCACACCGGCUCCCAGUGAAAUUCCAUCUCCUGGAGCCGAAGGUAAUCUCACACUCUAUAGAUCUGGCGAAGAAUCGACUCGCCAGACAAUCUUCAUUCCACCGACAUCAAGUGGCGAUCGAUGGACAGUCAUCAUCGAGACUCCAGCUUCAGAGACCGAACUGGAAGAGACCGGGACUGCAGCAACUGUUCCUGGCUUCCAGACAACAAUUGCGUCGGUUACUGGAACAGCCAAUUUUACCAUCUUCACAGCUGGUACUGCGACCACACGCAAGACGUCUUACAUUGCACCGAAGACUUCAGGUGAACCAGGAACAAUUGUCAUCGAGACACCCGUUCCCGGAACCUCCAGUAGUGGUCUUACUGCCAACCCUGAAGCUCUUACAACUGGUGAUGUUAUUUCUGCCGAAUCGACCACGACUGUCUUUGUUCAGGGUACUGGCACAAGGGCAACGACUUACUAUGUUCCGCCCGCGGUUACUGGCAAACCUGGCACUCUCUACAUUGAAGCACCUGCUACUGGCAGCUCUGAUGAAAGCACAGAAACAGACCUGCCUCCUGGUGUUCUACCCAAUGUUACUAUCUCCAGUGGUGUUCCAGGGUCUGUCACUCGGACUGUGUAUGUAUCUCCCACUGCCUCGGGCGAAGCUGGGACUAUUAUUAUUGAAGUACCCACCGGUGGCUCUGGCGACACUGAUGACGAUGGAGACAUCAUCUCGGCUGCCACUACAGUGACAAGCUUUAGAGGAGGGCCAGCUUCUGUUACCGUCACUAGUUAUAUCCCUCCCACAGUCUCUGGAGAGGCUGGAACACUCAUCAUUAUCACGCCAACCGAAGGGUCUGGAGCCAAUACCACUGGAGGCGAAGAUGCGGCAGAGACUGACGAUCCAAGUGAUCCCGAUGCUGAUUCCAUCUCAGCAACUACAACUACUACUAUGUAUCAAGAUGGCCCUGGCUCGAUAAGAAGUACCAUCUAUAUCCCUCCUACUGCUUCUGAUGAACCUGGAACUCUGAUUAUCGUCACCCCAACUGAGGGAUCUGCCAGUACCACUGGCGACGAAGAUGCGGAGGAGACGGACGAUCCAAGUGAUCCCGAUGCUGAUUCCAUCUCAGCGACAACAACCUCCACCAUAUUUAGAGGUGGCCCGGCCUCAGUAACAAUUACCAGUUAUAUUCCUCCUACCGCUUCCGAUGAACCUGGCACUCUGAUCAUCGUAACACCAACCGAGGGAUCUGAGGCUAGUACCACUGGUGAUGAGGAUGCGGAGGAGACUGGCGAUUCAAAUACAAAUCUGAUCUCAGCGACUAGAACUACUACUGUAUUCCAAGGUGGUCCUGGCUCAGUAAGGAGUACCACUUAUAUCCCUCCUACUGCUUCGGAUGAGCCUGGUACUCUAAUCAUCGUCACCCCAACUGAGGGGUCUGCAAGUACCACUGGGGAUCUAAAUACAGAUCUCAUAUCAGCGACAACAACUACUACUGUGUACCAAGGUGGUCCUGGGUCGGUACGAAGCACCACUUACAUCCCUCCUACGGCUUCAGAUGAACCCGGCACUUUGAUUAUCGUCACACCAACCGGUGGUUCUGAAGCUAGUGCUACUGAUGAUGAAGAUGCAGAAGAGACUGGAGACGCUUCUCAGACUGACUCCAUCACCGACAUAGAUGUCAUUGAGGCAACUGCCACCUUCACCAGCUUCAGAGGCGGCUCAGACUCAACCACCCGAACUACAUACAUCCCCCCUACUGCUUCAGGUGAAGCCGGGACACUCAUCGUUGUAACACCCACAUCGAAUCCCGACAAUGUGUCUGCUGGAAUUACAGGCACAGAGGCAGGAAGUCCAACUGCUGUUAUUACUUCUGGAGGUAACGUGACAAUUUACAGCGGUGGCCCUGCUUUGUCGACGACGACUCGAUAUAUUCCUGCUACUCUAUCAGGGGAUCAGGGCACCGUGGUUAUUGAGACUCCAACAUCUGGACCUCAGGCUACGGGUAUCGGAAACGUUACCAUUGUCACUGGCGGUCCUGCGACAGUCACGCAGACCAUUUAUAUUCCUGCCAUAGUCACCGACGAACCUGGUACUAUUGUCAUUGAGACCCCCACGUCUGGUGUUGAUGAAGACAUUAUAACCAACAGCACGGUAUACAGUGGAGUCUCAGCUACCGGUACCCGAACGGUCUAUGUAUCCCCGACAGCAUCUGGCGAACCUUGGAUUAUCAUUAUCGAGACUCCCGCUGUCAAAGCACCUGAAAAUGUCACUGUCUACACCGGCGUUUCAGCUACCGCUGCCACGACUCGAUUCGUACCAGGUACAGACUCAGAUGACAUUGGCACGAUCAUCAUUGAGACUCCUCUCGACAGCCCAACGUAUGUGACCGUUUAUACCGGCGGGCCAGGUACUGCUACUACGACUAUAUACUUGACACCAAGUGCUUCUGGAGACUCAACUACAAUGGUUAUCCAGACGCCUACACAGGGGGAUGGAGACGCAGAGCCCAGCGACACUGGUGCAAUCUCUGUUCCUGGAAAUGUUACAGUGACGAGCGGUGGAUCUGGUUCAGCUACAAGUACUAUCUACGUUGCACCAACAGUAUCAGGACAGGGCGAAACCAUCAUUGUUGAGUAUCCAACAGGCGAUACUGGUGAUGAUGAUGCAAUCACAAUUGCUCCUACAGGUUCCGGCGGCAACUCUACUGUCAUCCGUGGAGGCCCGGCUAGUGUCACCACAACUAUAUACAUACCACCCACAUCGUCCGGCGAAGGCGGAAUUAUCAUCGUCGAGACACCUACGGAGGACGACGCAACAACAGGUGUACCUGAGACUGGAACGAUCACAGAUGAGCCUGGUGCAACUGGUCAACCUGGAAACACCACCGUCUUUAGUGAAGCUUCAGGAACAGCUACGGAGACCUUGUACUACCCUCCAGACGAUCCAAGUGAGCCAGGCACUGUCGUUGUUGUAACUCCCAGCAGACCCACCGCCACUACAAUCUACAGCGGUGGUCCAGUCACUUCUCUUCGGACUUUGUACAUUUCUGCAACAGUCUCUGGAGAACUGGAUACAGUACUCAUCGAGACACCGGCCACUGGUGCUGAAGCCGAGACUUCGGAAGCUGCAAGUGGUCAGAGAACUACUACGAUCUUCGGUGGUGGCUCAGGCUCAGCGACAAGAACAAUAGUUAUAUCCGCCACCGUGUCGGGAGAGCCAGAUACAGUUCUCAUCGAGACCCCAACUGGCGCGGAAGUUGAAGCUACAACUAUUACAAGAGGCGGCCCAGUUUCCGUUGCAACGACAGUCACCGUGCCUGGUGUAUCGGGAGGACCAGAUACUGUUUACGUGGAGACUCCAACAGUAUCAGACGACGAUGCAGCUUCUGAAACUGACGACGAUCAAGUUGAAGCUACAACAAUCACUAGGGGUGGCCCAGCGUCCGUCGCAACGACUAUUACUGUUCCCGGUGUAUCGGGAGGACCGGAUAUUGUUUACGUCGAGACACCAACCACAUCACUUGAUGAUGCAGCUUCAGAGACCACUGACAGUGAAGUGGAAGCCACAACAAUCACCGUAGGCGGGCCAGUGUCUGUUGGGACCACAUACACUAUCACAGGUGCGUCAGGAGAACCAGAUACGGUAUACGUGGAAACCCCAACUAUGUCAGCCGACGACUCAACUGGCAGCAACGGUAUUGAUGCCACUACUAUUACACGUGGUGGCCCAGUCUCGGUUGCGACAACAAUCACUGUUCCUGGUGUUUCCGGCCAACCAGAUAUUGUUUAUGUGGAAACCCCAACUACCGUAGCCGACAGCGCAGCUUCGGGCACUGAUGAUGACUUGGAGCCUACUACGAUUACUAGAGGUGGUCCUGUAUCAGAGGCAACGACCAUUACCAUCCCAGGUGCACCAGGGGAGCCAGACACGGUUUAUGUUGAGACGCCAACUGCCCCAGCAGGUGGUAAUGAUGCUACCACAAUCACUACAGGAGGACCUGUCUCAAAAGCAACAACGAUUACUAUCUCUGGUGUGUCAGGGGAGCCCGACACAGUGCUCGUUGAGACACCAACUGCCACAGACGGAGAGAAUGAGGCGACUACAAUCACAAGAGGUGGACCAGUCUCGGUAGCAACAACAAUUACUAUCCCAGGUGUGUCAGGCCAGCCCGAUACAGUUCUUGUGGAGACACCAACUACUGAGGCCACUACAAUUACUCGAGGUGGCCCAGUCUCAGCCGCUACAACAAUCACCAUUCCUGGUGAGCCUGGUGAACCAGACACUGUUGUCGUUGAGACGCCUGCGGAGUCCUCUCGAAGUGCUGUCGAGUAUACAACUAUCACGAGAGGCGGUUCUGUGACUGCUGCUACUACAGUUACGGUUCAGGGCAUAUCUGGCGGGCCCGACACGGUAUUUAUUCAGACGCCUACAGAGUCCCCCAGUGACACCGAACCUGAGUAUACUACAAUUACCAGAGGCAACACCGUCUCAGCUGCCACGACUAUCACUAUCCCUGGUGUUUCGGGCCAACCAGGCACUGUCGUUGUUGAGACGCCUGCAGAAACUACUAGAGAUGGCGAGGUCGAGUAUAUUACCAUCACCAGAGGCGGCUCCGUGACCGCUGCCACAACUGUUACGAUUCCAGGAGUGUCUGGUGGACCCGAUACCGUCUUCAUCCAGACACCAACUGAACCAGCCGCUGGUAGUGGUGCGAUUGAACCUUCAACCAUAGUCACAGGUGGUCCUGUAUCUGUUGCGACAACAAUCACCAUCCCAGGUGUAUCAGGUGCUCCAGAUACCAUCCUUAUCGAGACUCCGACAGGGUCUUCCGGCGAAGAGCCUUCAGUGACUGACAACGGAAGUGAUGGAGAGACAAUUGCCACCACAAUCACCAGGGGAGCUGCAGUAACGGCUGCGACAACCCUCACCCUCACUGGUCAAUCUGGUGAGCCAGGCACCGUUGUCGUAGAGACACCCAUUGAUGGCUCAGAAGAUGAGGAGACCGCCACCGACACAGCUACAGGAGUUGUUGUCUCGCCUGAAGGUCGGCCGAAUACUACAGUCUAUAUCGGCGGUCCUGUUAGUGUACCGCAGACAAGAUAUGUUUCAGCUACAGUCUCUGGUGAAUUGGAUACAGUAAUCAUUGAGACGCCGACUGCUGGCUCCAACGAAGAAGAGGUGGAGUACACUACUAUAUUCAGUGGUGGAUCUGGCACUGCUAUUAGAACUACGACACUUCAGCCUGAUGAUCCAGCUGAACUCGGUACGGUUAUUGUCGUCACUCCCACGGGCGCCGAGGAAACUGGGGAUGGGGUCACGUCCACCACAACAGACGACACUGAACAAGUCGAGUACACAACUAUAUUUAGUGGAGGAUCUGGAACUGCUAUUCGCACUACGACACUUCAGCCUGAUGAUCCCGAUGACCUGGGAACGGUUAUUAUCGUGACUCCCACGGGCUCUGGAGAAACUACUACAGAUGAUGCCGAAGAAGUCGAGUAUACAACCAUAUUUAGUAGCGGAUCUGGAACCACCAUUCGUACUACUACACUUCAGCCCGACUCUCCUGACGAACUGGAUACCGUCAUCGUUAUCACUCCUACGGGCUCUGCAGACACUACCACAGAUGACGCUGAAGAAAUUGAUUACACCACUAUCUUUAGCGGUGGAUCGGGAACUGCCAUCAGAACUACGACACUUCAGCCUGAUGACCCUAAUGAACUAGGAACCGUCAUCAUCGUGACUCCCACUGGUGCUGGAGAGACCGCCACAGAUGAUGCCGACGAAGUUGAGUACACAACCAUCUUCAGUGGCGGAUCCGGAACAGCUACGCGCACUAUAACGCUACAGCCUGACACUACUGGUGAACUGGGAACAGUCAUUGUUGAGACUCCCACUGGGGCCGAGGUGACUGCCACAGAUGAUGCUGACGACAUCGAAUACACUACCAUCUUCAGCGGUGGUCCGGUAACUGCUGCUACUACAAGGACAUUGCAGCCUGAUACUCCCGGCGAGCUUGGAACUGUUGUCGUCGAAACCCCUACCGCUUCAGAUGAAGCCGACGAUACUGAGUAUACAACUAUUUUCGCCGGUGGUCCUGGUACUGCUAUUCGUACUAUCACUCUCGAGCCAGACUCGCCAGGAGACCUUGUUACCGUUAUCGUUGAGACACCUACAGGUUCUGACGACGACGCAGAGUACACAACCAUCUUCAGUGGUGGCCCUGCGACAGCUACUCGCACUAUUACCCUCGAACCCGACACGCCAGGAGAUCUUGGUACUGUCAUAAUCGAGACACCUACUGCCACUGUCGAUGAAAUAGAGUAUACUACUAUUUUCAGUGGGGGAUCAGCCACUGCCCGUCGCACAACCACCUUGUCCCCUGACUCCCCCGGAGACCUCGGUACUGUCAUCAUUGAAACACCUACAGGUUCUGGCGAUGAAGAAGAGACAACAACAGCUGCCAGCCCUGCUGAUGAUGUUGAGUAUACUACCAUCUUCAGCGGCGGAUCUGUUACAGCUCGUCGCACAAUCACAUUGCAGCCUGGCUCUCCAGGGGAUCUCGGUACAGUUGUUAUCGAGACUCCCACCUCAGCCGUCGAUGAAGAAGCUCAGUACACAACCAUUUUUGUCGGCGGUCCUGCGAAUGUUCCUCGAACUACUACCAUCCCCCCUGAAUCAUCGGGACAACUUGGUACUGUGGUUGUCGAGACACCGACUGGAGACAAUGCGAUUGAGUAUACCACAAUUUUCAGCGGUGGUCCCGUAACAGCGCCUCGAACGACAACACUUGCUCCUGGCUCGCCGGGAGACCUUGGUACAGUGAUUGUUGAGACGCCUACAGGAGGCAACGAAGAAGAGGAGAUCGAGUACACCACAAUCUUCAGUGGAGGAUCUGGAACAGCCUCUCGAACUAUAACACUCGCUCCUGGGUCACCGGGAGAUCUUGGUACAGUCAUUGUUGAAACACCUACCAAUGGUGAGGGCACAGCUGAGAUCGAAUACACUACUGUCUUCAGCGGCGGAUCUGUGACUGCAUCUCGCACAACAACCCUAGCUCCUGGCUCUCCAGGAGAACUCGGUACCGUUAUUAUCGAGACUCCAAUUAUCCGAGAGGGUACAGCUGCUGCUGAUGACAUCAGCUAUACCACUGUCUUUAGCGGAGGACCUGUGACAGCCUCGCGGACAACCACUCUAGCUCCCGGGUCACCGGGAGACCUUGGCACGGUUAUCAUCGAGACACCAACGACUACAGCUGCUGGCGAGAUUACUUAUACGACCAUCUUCAGUGGGGGUUCUGUGACGGCGUCUCGGACGACCACGCUGGCUCCUGGAUCGCCAGGGGACCUUGGCACAGUUAUCAUUGAAACGCCAACUGCUACUACUACCAGUCAGGUCAGCUAUACCACCAUCUUCAGCGGAGGGCCUGUGACAGCCUCUCGAACGACUACUCUGGCGCCAGGUGCUCCUGGAGACCUAGGUACAGUUAUUAUUGAGACGCCAACGACUGCAGCCGCUGGUCAGAUUACAUAUACCACCAUCUUCAGUGGCGGAUCCGUAACAGCAUCUCGGACAACAACUUUAGCCCCUGGAUCGCCGGGAGAUCUUGGCACAGUCAUCAUUGAGACGCCAACGACUGCUGCUGAGAUUAGGUACACAACCAUCUUCAGUGGUGGAUCUGCCACUGCUUCCAGGACUACUACACUAGCACCCGGAGCACCAGGCGAUCUCGGCACCGUUAUCAUAGAAACCCCUACAUCAGCCGUGGGUAGAAACACGACCAUCUAUAGCGGCGGAUCUGGCUCAGUUGCGACAACUAUAUACUAUCCUCCUGCGACAAAUGAUCCUGAUAAGGUCGGCACAGUUGUGAUUGAGACGCCUACACCCACUCCUACCCCAGCGCCAAUCGUUCAGAACGUCACAAGAACCAUUGGAGGUCCAGCUGGUAUUACUACCACGAUCUAUUAUUCCCCUGCAGCACCCAAUGAACCUGGUACUGUUCUCAUUCAAACCCCAACAACUACCAUUGAGCCUGUUAUCCAGAAUGUCACGCGGACAAUUGGAGGACCAGCUGGUAUUACUACCACGAUCUAUUAUUCCCCUGCAGCACCCAACGACCCUGGCACUGUUAUCAUCCAGACACCAACAACUACCAUUGAACCAGUAAUCCAGAACGUCACACGUACAAUUGGAGGACCAGCUGGCAUAACCACAACAAUCUAUUAUUCCCCCGCCGCGCCGAACGAACCUGGAACUAUCCUUAUUCAAACCCCUACCACCACUCUUGUAGUACAAAACGUCACUCGCACAACAGGAGGUUCAGUAGCAACAACAAUCUACCUCACUCCAGGCGCAGCAGGUGAUCCAGGAACAGUCAUCAUCCAAACCCAAACUCCUCCAGCGGUAAUCGUUCCUACAACAACGACCACAAUCUUUAGAGCAGCUUCUAGCACGGCUACUGCUGGAACAACAUUCUACAUAGCGCCUGCAGCAUCUGGAGACCCAGGUACCGUCAUCAUCGAGACUCUUGUUCCGUCUACUACAUCUAGUAGUUCCACAAGUACCAGCAUAGCAGCCACUGGCAUGCCGACGUUUGACUGUAACGGAUACGGGUACAUCGUUGGAGGCUUGCUGACUCCAGGUCUGACGAGAGUCAACCUAGUCACGGGUGACAGAGCAUUAAUUAACCCCAGCGUGGGCAACGGUCUAGCUAUUCAAGGCAUCGGUUUCAACCCUACCGACAACUACAUCUACGGCUUUAUGUCAAGGGGUCUUAUCCUUAGUGUUUUAUGUCUUUUAACACCAUGCCAGCAGAUGCAACUUAUCCGGAUCGCCGCCAACGGUAAUUGGGAGGCUCUGCCACUGUAUCUCAAAACAUCAGCGAUCAGCAUGGGUGAUUUCGACAAUACCGGCAAACUGUGGGUUUCUGAAAGCGGAGCCAAGUAUUGGGCGAUUGAUCUUCUGAAAGGAUCUUCCACCUUUGGAAAGGUGGCUACAGAAGGAACAUCAAUUACUCAAGGUCUCGUUACCGCCGUGGGUGACUGGAGCUACCUGCCCGGUAUGGGUAACUAUCUCUACUCGGUUCAGGCAUCCGUUAUUGGCAAUGGUAUCGUACGAACAAACGUUGUGCGCUGGUCAAUCGAUACAAAGACGUGGUUCACCUACAGAACCUACCCCAGCCUGCUCCUGACAGCCCUCAACUUGCUCUGGGGCGCUACUAUAGCAGCGCCUAACAAUGUGCUGUUUGCGCAAGAAAACCUUCUUGGGCAAACUUGGAGGUUCGAUCUGAGUCCCGGAGUCACAGCUAAUCCUGUGCCUAUUCCUGGAGGCGCACUCUUGAACUUGAACGGUGAUGGUGCCAAGUGUGCAAGCGGAGUUGUUUAG